AAAAGAUGAUAUGAAAUGUAAAAAGUGUAGUUUAGGAUGUUGAAAAAUUCUGACCAUUGUACAUAGUCUUAGACCAAGUGCAAUGGCGUGUUGAAAAAAUUAAUUCAACAGUUGACCAAAUGCAGUGGUGUGUUUAAUCAAACGUUUAAAAUGAUUUGGCACACAACUAGCUGAAAAAAUUAAACCCGUUGAGAGGGAGAGAGACAGUCUGAUGUGGCAUAGUUCCAUUGGCCAAAGAGAAAGUGGUUCUGCCGACUUUUCUUUGAUUGGCUGUGUUUUAGUUUUUUUUUUUUCCUCUUCUACAUUAUUUCAUUCAAUUAUUGUAUAUUAAAAUAUUUAUUUUAAAAAAAAAUUAUAUCAAAAUUUAUCAUAUUUCAUACUCUAUAAAUAGAGACUUGUUUCAUUAGAUUUGGACACAGAAAAAAAAACCAUCUUUAGCCUCUCAUAACUCUCGUUUCUAUAUUUUUUCUAUCUUCUUUGAAAAAAUGGAUCCCAACCAAAACUCUUCUAAUAACAUCCAAAACCCUUCAAACAACCCUUUUAACUAUCCGAAUCCCAACAACUAUCUAUUCCAAAAUCCGUUUCCUAACCCCAACCAACCCCAAAACAUACCAAAUUAUGGUUUUCCACCAAGUUUUUUCACGCCAUCGGCUGUUCCAAACUACCAUCCAUAUUAUGGUUCGCCAAUGUCAUAUUCAUCUCAACCACCCACUUAUUCUUCUACUCCAACGGAUAAGGAAAUUGCUUCGAAUGUUGGAGCAACUGAAUUUCCCGAGUUUUCUACACAAAUGACUCUUGGUGGUAUAAGUGGGGUUAAUGAAGCAACUCUUGGAGCAGACAGUUCAGCCUCUGCUACCCGAAAAAGCGUCAAAUGGACAACUGAGCAAAAUUUGGUGCUAUUGAGUGGGUGGAUCAAAUACGGAACAAACAGCGUUGUUGGCAGAAACCAGAAAAGUGAAUCAUUUUGGGGCAAAAUUGCUGAGUAUUGUAAUGAACAUUGCUCAUUUGAUCCUCCGCGCAGUGGAGUUUCAUGCAGAAAUCAUUACAACUACAUAAACCAAAAAUUGUCAAAAUGGAUUGGCGCUUACGAUAACGCUAAGCGUAUGCAACAAAGUGGGUGGUCGGAGCAAGAUGUAUUGGCGAAAGCGCAAGAAAUCUAUUCAGGUGGUGGUACCGGAAAUUUCAAUUUAAUGAAAGAAUGGAUCGCUGUCCGUGAUCAACCACGUUAUGGUAGUCAAGUUGGAGGGAAUAGUGGCUCUAAAAGCAGUGGAUCUAAGAGAGCCCACGAUAGUGAUGCUAGUGACUCUAACUCUGUUGGAUCCACUGCUCGUCCAAUGGGAAGGGAUGCAGCAAAGAAAAAAGCUAAAAAGAAAGGCAAGAGCGUAGCCCUGGAAGUGGUCAACGAAGAUUUUAAUGAAUUCAAACAAAUCAAGGCUCAAGAGUUUGAACGCUUGGAAAAAUUAGCCAUGUUGCAAGAGGAGGCAAACGAAAGGCGAAAGGAGGCAAUCCAAAGGCAAGAGGAGGCAAACCAAAGGCAAGAGGAGGCAAAUCAAUUGAUGAAAGAAAAAACUCGGGCUAAGAAGAUGAAGAUGUGGCUGAAGCUAAGUGAAAAGGAACAUCUCAAUGACCAGAGCAACGAGUUGUUCCAACAGUUGAGCUACGAAUUAUUUGGAAAAUAAUUGUAGUCACAAGUGGUUUCUGCAUCAUCCCACUCCAUGCUUGUCUGCACCAUGUCACUUCAUGCUUUUGUAAUGUUUGUUGUAAUUUUCUCCUUUAAUAAUGUUGUUGUCUGUUGAUGUUUUAAUAAUGUAUUGUUAUGUUAUGGUUUAAUAAUAUAAAAUCUUAUCCGUCAAUUUCGGUUUUAAAUGGGAGAAUCUUAUCUUAUAAUCACUCAACAUGGUUAAUAAAGCUGUCGAGUGCCCGUGACUUUUCAAUCAAUGCUAUCCGUCAAUUUCGGCUUUAAAUGGGAGAAUCUUAUCUUCUAACCACUCAACACGAUUUAAUAAUGUUGUCGAGUGCCCGUGACUUUUCAAUCAAUGCUAUCCGUCAAUUUCAGUUUUAAAUGGGAGAAUCUUAUCUUCUAACCACUCAACACGAUUUAAUAAUGCUGUCGAGUGCCCAUGACUUUUUCUUCAAUGUAAAAAUCUUAUCCUCCAACCACUGAACAUGAUCUAUCGAUUUCAUUGUCUUAUAA